AUGUCCGACCCGAAGGUCGCCGAAGCGAAGCACUCUGACGUCUACCCUUACAUCGACCUCCAAGGCCCGCUGAAGGACUCCGCCAAGGGAAAAUCUGUCCUCAUCUUCGGCGGCGGAUCAGGCAUCGGCAAAGCUAUUGCCAUUGCUUUCGCUGAGGUCGGUGCCGCCAACGUUGUCAUCAGUGGUCGUCGCCUUGAAGCACUGGAGGCAGUCAAGGAUGAGAUGAAAGGCAGAUUCCCAAACACCAACGUGGUUCCCAUCGCCGCCAACGCCACGAGCGUGGAAGAAGUCGACAAGGUCUUCAGCGACACCAAGUCCUCUGGCAUCACGAUCGACAUCCUCGUCAACUCUCAAGGCGCCCGUACCGGCCGAUCUCGACUCGUCGACAGUGAGCCCGAUCGUUGGUGGGCGGACAUCGAAGUAUACUUGAAAUCUCCCUGGCUCACGACUCGAGCAUACAUCCGCUCACUGACCAGACCUGCUGAGCCACCAGCUGAGCCAGAGAAGUUCAUCAUCAAUGUCACUUCUCUCGCCUCAAAUGCGCUUAUGCCUCUGGGCACGUCAUACUGCCUGCCCAAAGCCGCUCUCAACAAGCUCACCGAGCAUACUGCUGCUGAAGCGUCGCCGUACGGUCUGCAAUGUAUCGCCUUGCAUCCUGGUGGAGUAGCCGAUACAGACACCACGAAGCACUCACCGGCUUUCAUGAUUCCUUUUUUCACCGAAAAGGUGGAGCUGGCUAGUGCAGUCACCGUCUACUGCGCGACGCCGCAGGCCAACUAUCUGAAUGGUAGAUAUCUGGACGUAAGAUGGGAUCUGGAGGAGCUCGAGAAGCAGAAGGAGAAGAUUGUGAAGGACGACUUGCUGAAGAUGGUGGUUCUGGGGGAUGCAAGGAUGCCUAUCCCUCCGCAACUGUGGAAGACUAUCACCGGCUGA